UGAACGGGGGAGGGGGGGCGUGAAGGCGGAGGGCUGCUUCACCAUAGUAACAAAGACAAAAACAUGCCAGAUCUGCGCCAGCCGGCCAAAGGGAUGACCAGAGCUACUCCAACAAACUUGUACGGCAGAGCUCUGUUCACAUGAGGAAGCCUCCUGAAAAAGCACCUACAGCUGGGACGGAGGAUCCGGUGGAGGGCACACGUGAAGGGCACCACGGUUAAUCUUCCACUCCCUCCUCCAAGCAUGGACAGGGACAGUCACAGCGAGGACACCUUGUCGACCAUGGUUCUGGAGAACAUCAAGAACAGACUGAUUCAUGCCUUCAGGGCGACAGCAGAACCUCGGGAAGAUCCUCAAGACUCUGGCACUGCCGUCCGCUCCGUGAGCAUCGGCCGGAGCUUCCAAGCCAACGAAGAGCUGCGGAGGGCGCAGAUAGAUGGAGCCAUAACCUGGCUGAGGUCUGAAUUGCUUGAGAUGCGCUCGCAAGAUCUCCAGCUGGCUCAGACACUGCUGGGGCUUAACACUGAGAUCCAAAGACUGAGGAGGGAGAGUUUUGGGGGUGUGGAGGUGGACGGGAUGAUCAUAAAACUGGUCCCAGGACAGAACCUCGAAGAGACUUAAAGGCACAAGAGGAGCAAACUUCGAGAGGCUUCGGAAGAGAAUGCAACCAUUCUAGAGAUUAAAAAGGACAUAUUG